AUGUCAAGUGAAGAUCACUCAAAGUUAAAAUAUCCAGAUUAUUGGAACCGAGACUUUAACGCCUGGGGAAACUUAAACGAUUGGGACACCUACUGGAUCGAAAAGCAAACACAGCCAACGUUAAUUACCAAGUACAAUUCCCACGUAGCCUUAGGUGACGAACUGAGAGGCCUGAGGAAAAUAUAUACAAGUACACAUCCUGCUUAUAAUAAAAUCCUUAAUUUGCAGAAAGAAUUGAGGGGAAGUAUAAAUAAGUUUAUUCUUCAGGAGGAUAGUAAGAAGGGCAUUCGAGAUGGCCUGAAGAUAGCUCGGAAAGGGUUCCAAAUAUAUUCUAAGGUGGAUUUUGAUUCAGUAGAAAGAGAACGGAAAAGACUUAAGAAGCAUGCUGGAAAUGUCCUUCCUGAUGGCUCAAGUGAUUCUCCGACAAUGCCACCUAACGUAGCUAUAUGUGAUAGUGAUGACGAUGACGACGAAGAAAUUCCUUCUUUGGACAGUGUUAUCAAUUCUGUGCCAGCUAACAUACAAAAUUGGAGUUUGCCCUCAGGAAAAUUCGUUAAGGACAUUUUUGCUGAAAAUAUAUCUCGACAUGCUGAAAUCUUAAAAGAUAAGAAGAAAAUAAAUGCAGAGGAGAAAGCUACCUUGAGAUAUGGCAUGUCAAGAAUCAUCGAUCUCUCAGCACAUAUGCGGGGAUGGUUUUCUGCCAGUGAACGUCAGCAUAUGAUGAAGGGCUACGAAGAAAUUCUCAAAAUUCCCGAGUUGGCAGAAGACGCUAAUGAGUUCAUUGCAAAGGUGGAAAAGAUGGUAAAGGAAAACGAUGUCAAUGGAGCAUACAAAUAUUGUCUCAAUCAGCAUGCAGAUGCAUCAGUCCGUACUUGUCUUUAUAAAAUAAGUAGAGUUUAUAGUGAUUUCCUCUUUAAAGUCAAAGACGGAAAUGAUCUGUUAGAUUGUGGCGGUGAACAUCACACCGAAAUUGAUGUUAUUGUAAAAGCAUUGCUUACAUUGUUGAUGGACUACGAAAUGGAGAUGGAAUACAUUGUAAAUGGACGCAAGUGCGAUGUCCGAUUCUUAAGUCGUGCAGGAAUAGAUCUUGGUGAAUGGGAGUUUGCUGCCGAAGCAACUCCAAAUAAAGCAGUUGGAGAUCGUUGUCGCUCAGCUAGAAUCAAUCAAUCAAUAUUGAAUGGCCUGUUGAGCAGAAACUUAGCUGAUAAACAAGCGGAUACGAUCAAGGUUCCAUUUAUACAAAUUGCUGGCGUUUUCGGACAGCUGUUGGUAGAAGACAUGGUAAAUGGCUUUUACGUUGUUUUUCCCGGUUCAACAUUCGUGUUACCAACAAAAUUGGCUCACUUGGGAAAUUUAAAAUCAACAAUAAAAAUUUUUAACCAUGUAAUGGAAACAUAUGAAAAAAUCAAUAAAAUGUUUUAUGAACUGAACCAUGGGCGUAACUUACUCGAGGAUAUCUUCAAAAUUGAUGACGAAAAAUCCGUACAGUGCAAAUCAACAUUUAUUCACGAACCAUGGUGGACACCAAAAAGUAAAUCUCAAAAAUCUCAAGUAUUAACUGCGAUUGAAGAAAUGGAAAGUAAAAUAGAACAUUGA